GUGUGUGGUACCAUCAACAAUCUAUCGAAUACAGAUCAAUCUGAUACCCUCUACCAGUCUCACAAAUUGCCGCCAUGAGCAGACGACAUUUGGAAUCAGCUUUGGUAGCCGGAGGUUUCAUCGAAUCCGGUCUGACACCAUGUUUCCGUUUUACUCGCAUCCGAUUUGUUCGCUACUGCUUCCCACCGGGUUAUGAGAUUUCGAAAAAUUCAUAUGAAACAGCAGGCGAUAACGACGAUGAAGCAAACAGAGAAUCGGGAGAAGCAUUAUUUAACGCCUCUUCGUCCAUAACGGCCACAUGUACCUGCUGUACGGAAGCAAAGAAUGUCCAAGAGGACCAGAGAACUUCACAAGCGGGCAGCGAAUCCGUGAUAUCCAUGCUUGGACACGGUGACUGUGAAAUGCCUGAACCGAAAAGUACAACCGCGUGUAAAUUGCACAGGGAGGAAUAUUUGCGGAAAAACCCUUGGAGACGUCUUCAAGACGAUUACGGAGUACACUCAGUCCAAUUCAAUCCUGAUGGGACUCAGUUGUUAGCAGGCUCCGCUAACACCAGUGUGCGGGUAAUUCAAACUUCUGACGGUGCUCAACGGAUACUUGCGCGACCGUCCAAAUGGACCUUAGGCAUGCCUGUCACUGUGAUCCGGUUUAUGCCCCCGAAGUUCAUCUGGGCUGUUGGGUGUAAUUCCCAUGGAGAGGUUUUUGGCUUCAAACCCAAUUCAGAAGGCUUCGAAACAUUGUUCAAAGAACCCCAGCAAACCUACACACUUGACUUCUCUUCUGAUGGUCUCGAACUCGCCACUGCUGGUGUGGACAAGAAAAUACGCAUCUACACGCUACAACAAGGAUCUGUGGUGGGUUUACCAACCCUGAUCAAGGACGAUUGUGCCGACCAGGAUGGCCCUGUUACCAGAAACCGAAUAAUCGCUGAAAGAAUACAAGCACUUACCCUCCAGUCUACCAAGGUCGACCUUCCAAAGCAGACGCGAUAUCACUUUCCCGGUGGGCGUCCCGAACACAUAGUGGACAUCACGGCUAAACCAUUUGUGUUGACGCGCUGUUUCGGCACAUCAGACAUCUCGUCUCCCGCAGACUUCCCCGGGCCCGCGGGUUACGUGAAUGACCCGAAGUCAGUGCCCCCAGUGCGUGAAUAUGUGCCAACCUCUCCUGGGACAAAUAUUACUGAAGGUCAUUCGAUGCGCAUCAUGGCACUGCGUUAUCAUCCACAGAAAAACUGUCUGCUUUUUAGCGCUGGCUGGGACAAUCUCGUCAAGCUUUGGGACACGCGCUUACAAUCCGGUCCAGUUUGGCAAAUUUAUGGGCCGCACGUGGCCAGCCCAGAUGGAUUAGAUGUGGACGAUAACUAUUUGCUUACCGCUUCUUGGCGUGCCAAAGACAGUAUUGAGAUAUGGGAUUUACGCAAAAUGAAUUCUUCCACGGGCAAGCUGCUCGCCAGUCAACUUUGUAACGAGCAGGUUUCCCGUCAGCCUGUACCUCUGGAGGAAGCUGAUGAUGAUCUAUGCAGUGCACGAAACAGCAUUGUGACCGAUGAACCCACGGAAAACAAACCACUCUCAGGCCACGCAGGCGCAGCAGUCGAGGCACCACAGCCUCGACCUGGUGGCCCUGCAGAAGUCAUUCCUAUUUCUGGCAGCGUUUGGGUUUCCCACCCUUCCAAAGAGAAUGGAGAAUACCCGUAUGCAGCUCGAUUACUACCAAGUCGCGCUGUGGUUGCCGGUGGGUCUGGAUUCCACGGGGUCCGAGUGGUUGGAAGGGACACGCUUCUGCCAAUCGCUCGGAUACCAAUGGAUUCAGUGGUUCAGUGUAUGGACACUAUUCUAGAAGGUCGUUAUAUUGGGGUCGGAUGUUCCAGUGGCACCGUUUCAAUAAUUGGUUUGGCCUGA